ACAAAAUGCCAUCAACGAGUGGACUCGUGCACCUGCUCAUGCAGCACAAAGUCUGUUUUAUUUUCAGCUAGCGAAGGACGUCGUGUGGUGCAAAUCGUGUCUUGUGAGGUGACAGGAAAUCCAUUGCUAUGAAAUGAUUUUUUGCACAGGUGGACCAUGUGUGGUGAUCAUUUGAUUUUUUUUUUGUGAGUGUAGAUUUCAAGACGAACACUUGACACUGGGUGAAUGUGCAUGUGUUUGUUUGGCUGUGCAGCAGGGCGACAUUAAAGUUUAAACACAACAUGCCCUGAAGUAUUUAUGAGCCCGGUCUGGUGGCGAGUGGCAGCAGAAGAGACACUCCCAGAAAGUGAGGAGUCAGAGACAGUGAGAGGACUGGACGAGGACAGGACUGCAGCAAUACGCAGACUGGAUGUUGAUCUUGAAUGAAACUGGUGCAUGACUGACAGCAGCUGAUGGAUCCAUCAGUGACACAAGUACGACAGGCUGCUUCUCCGGGCUUGGAGGAGUACAAUCCCUUCACAGAUGCCAAACCAGUGAGUACUUUUGCAGCCAACCUGGUGGCAGCGCCCAAGACUGCAGGAUCCACCGUCAACACGCAGCCCGCCAUCAUGAAGCCCACGGAGGAGCCUCCAGCCUACUCACAGACACAGGAGCAGUCGCGAGGAGCUGCUGAGCUGUUGAGGAGGCAGGAGGAGCUGGAGAGGAAGGCUGCAGAACUGGACCGCCGGGAGAGAGAGAUGCAGUCGCUCAGCGCUUCAGGAGGCAGGAAAAACAACUGGCCUCCCCUCCCAGAGAAUUUCCCCGUGGGUCCGUGUUUCUACCACGACAUCACAGUGGACAUCCCCGUGGAGUUUCAGAAGACCGUCAAGAUCAUGUAUUACCUCUGGAUGUUUCACACAGGGACGCUGCUCGCCAACAUGGUGGGCUGCAUGGCCUGGUUCAUCGUGGACGCGUCACGUGGCGUGGACUUUGGCCUGUCCAUCCUCUGGCUCAUGCUCUUCACUCCGUGUUCGUUCGUCUGCUGGUACAGACCACUUUAUGGAGCGUUCAGGAGUGACAGCUCCUUCAGGUUCUUUGUGUUCUUCUUCGUGUACAUCUGUCAGUUUGGCAUCUACGUUCUGCAGUCUAUCGGCAUCAGAGGCUGGGGCGCCAGCGGGUGGAUCUCAGCUCUGACCGGCCUGAAUCAGAGCAUCCCAGUGGGUAUUAUAAUGAUCCUCAUCGCUGCUCUCUUUACCUCACUGGCUGUCAUGUCCCUCAUCAUGUUCAAAAAGGUCCAUGCGAUGUACCGGACCACCGGCGCCAGCUUUGAGAGGGCCCAGCAGGAGUUUGCCACCGGCGUCAUGUCCAACAAGACGGUCCAGGCUGCUGCUGCUAACGCCGCCUCCAAGGCGGCACAAGGAACCUUCAAGGAGCAGAUCUGAUUGGCUUGGUGAGCUCGCUCAUCUCUCUGUCCAACCUUCACCCAGCACAUCUCUGCUCGUCUGGCUUCCACUUGAGCCAGCUGUCCUGUUUGAGCACACGGAGAGCCCCCCCCUCCCCCCAGCCUUCUGACAAUAUCCAUGUGAGGGCGGCCAUGUUGUCAAACAGGACCACGACUCACUUCUGUCCUCUUCUACCUGCCCCACCAACAUUGUGCACUCUCAUCAUGGCAGACUCUGAGAACCACUCACCUGUGCUGCACUCCGACUCCCACUGAACCAGUGUGCUCUGCUUCAUGUUCUGUGUGUGUGUGUGUGUGUGUGUGUGUCUAACUUAAUGACUAUUUGUGUGCCUCUUUAACUGGCCUGUCUGUCCUCUGUAGACAGAUCGUAAUGUAGCUGAAUCAAGUCUGACUUUCUGAACCUGCCCGGGCUUUUCCCGAUGUCUGUCGUCUUAGAAGUUCUUUGCGUCAUUGGCUUCCUGUGUGUCCUUUGAGUUAUCAACCUCAUCACUACUUAAUGUUUUUAAAUGUAUUUAUUAUCGGACAAAUGGAAGACUUUUAGUCCUCACUAGACGUCGGUUAAUGCACAAGAAGCCGCCUUCUCUGAUUUAUUUUGCUGUUUCCUCUGAGUACGUAACUGAAUGCUGCUGCCCCCUGGUGGAGUGACUUCGUAUUGUCAAAGAUGAAUGCUGUGCAUUCCAGUUCACUGCUUUGCCUUCGACUUUCUGCUUUCCUCUGAAUGUGGUUUUAGAAAGUGUUUAGUCUUCCUCAAAGUGAUGUGCUACUCCACAUUUCAUUUGUUAAGUAUCAAGCACUGACCCCUGUAGACUGUUAUUUAUCAAAUAUUUACUUGGGUUCUCAAAUGUCUCAAGAACCAUUUGCAUUAUUACCAGGAAAUCUGAACAGUUUCUCCCCAGAGGAUGAAUCCUAAUGACUUGAAGGAUAACUAUUGUGAUUUUAUCUCCACAACUGUCAGACGCAGUGCCUUGACAUGUGGUUUAAGUUUUCAUCCAUCAGCUGGUCUAAAUAUAAAUCUUUCCAGUACUUUAGUUUAAGCUCAAAAACAUCCUGAUUUUUCCCCUUAAAAUAAAAUAGUGAACCUGGCCAACAGUAAACCCGCUUGGCCAAAUAGCACGUUAGCAUUUAGCCACACCCACACCUCACAGCGCUGCCGCCAUAGCUGCUUUAAGAGGGACUGAUCACUUCGUUUCAUGUCUGCGGACUGUCGUCCUCACUGACACUCUGCCGGAGGUGUCGUGUUCAGAGGCCGCGUGCUCAGCCAGAAGAGAAGCUCCGGAAGUGCGUUGAGACGUUUCACGUUUAAAUUUGUCCUCAGCAACUAAAUUUGAUUCCCCUUCACCUUCACCUGUCCAGUUCAUACAUGCAACAGCUGAGCUCAGCAUCCUUUUCAGGUGAAGCCUGCUUGUCGUGAAGAGAUCCGCGACUCCUGCACAUACAGCUGCGUGUUUCUACAGCUGAUCUGAAGGUGAAGGCGUCACUCGUCUCCGGCUGUUCGUGCGCGCCGGACACUUACCUCAGUUUUACUCAGGAUGCAUGACGAGGUUGAGAGUGUGUGGAAUUUAGACUGGGCCUCGUUUUUUAAAACACAUGUGCUGUAAAUCGGUAUGUUGCAAUAAAAAAAGACUUAAAAAGAUGACAGAAAUGGCCAGUGAUGCUGGUGUUGUGUAUUCAUCAUUUUGAUAAAUGCGGAUUGACUGUCGCUGAGCUCAGGCGGUCGGAGCCCUCAGACGUGGACCUGCUGAAAUCAUCCUGUCUGUUGUGUCUCAUGCUGCAGACCGCGAAGCCUUUUGUGUGUACGUGUUGUGCAGGGGUGUAACUAGAGCGAAACUGGCCUCUAAGUCUUAAUCCAUGUGUGAGGGGACGGGGGCAGCUGUGGGUGUGGGAUCCUCCUGGACCUCCUGGACAUUUUUCAGCUUCUCCUGCCUUGUGUUGCCCACUUUUUCUUUCAAACAGAUUCUUGCUGGCUCUGUGUGGAGCCGUGUGUGUGUGGGACAAAGCAACAUGAGAUUGUUCCUUGAAACAGAAGAACGAGGCCUGCAGGUGGCGCUCUUCUUUCCGACUCGAUGGUAAAUGUGAGACGUGAGCUCUGUGAUGUUCUGUAGGUGGACUGUGGCUUCGAGUUGUGCUUCGUAAUCAGCUUGGUUUGUGGUAGAAACACUGAGAAUGAAAUUAAAACUUUGAAAGCAUCUCUGACUGUAAAACCUAAUCAAAUCACUGAUUUAAGACGUAGUAAGAAAUGUUUGUAUAUUUUGUACCAUUUACAGGCGGUCGGCCCUUUGCUCUGAACUUUGCUGUCAGCUUAAGACGCACUCUGGUUUCGCCUUCAGUCGCAUGUCGAGUAGCUUGAGUUUUGUAUAUUUAUUGUAUUAACACUGAAUAAAGUUCCUCUUCUGUA